UGGUCGAAAUGGGAGAUUCCCUUGGUCAUAGUUUAUUAUGACCGAAGUUUAUGACAAUGAUCUUUAUCAAAACAGUUGACGAUUGUACCAGUUUACUUUAUUUGAACAAUGCGUCCCACGGCCAAGCGAACCAGCAGAACAAAAUCCUCCAUUCGCCUUUGUGAGGAAAAACUGAGCUGUGUUGUGGUAAACGCGGAGGCAGUGUUUACAUGUUCAGAGUGCAAAACUGCUCAGUGCGAUAAGUGUGAAAAGAGCGUUCAUUCAGGAAUAAAGUUCGAAUUUCACAACAGGCGACGUCUUGAACGACCUUCCCCGGAUAAACUCUGUCAGGGUACGGCAUCAGGGACGGCAUGUGUCAACAGGAAUUACGCUGACGUCUGGUGCGAGGACUGUAAACACAGGCUUUGUCUUGAUUGUUUUGACAAAUCGCAUGCCCAAGGAAGAAGGAAGACUCACAAGAAGAUAUCAGUGAAUGAGUACCAUCGGAGACAGCUACGCGCGUUACAAGACACGGUGAAGCCACUAUCACCAGUGUCAGAUAAUGACGAUUCUUUGACUUACGUUUCAUGUCCACAAGAUAUUAGCUUGGAAGAAAACAUGUCCUUUGCUAGUUUUCAUUCUGACCACAGCCACCCUAGUUCAGGUGGGAGCAUUCCAGAUAUCUGCCAAGACACAAAUGAAGUGAAUCUAAUGGCAAGAGAAAUGGAUGCUUUUCUUAUGGAUGAUGGCAGAUAUACCGAAUGUCAAAGUUUUGAAUUGGCAAAUGACCAGGAAGAACUGCAGGUGACUUCCGAAGAAGAAUUUAUGGAGAAGCUGAGCUGCAACAAAGAUGCAAUGGUGAAGAUUAUUUCCAUCUUUGGUAACACAGGGGAUGGGAAAUCCUAUACUCUCAAUCAUACCUUUUUUGGUGGUAAGGAGGUUUUCCAGACAUCACCGGAACAAGAGUCAUGUACUGUGGGUGUGUGGGCAGCUCACGACCCCGUCAACAACACGCUUGUGAUUGACACCGAGGGCUUGCUGGGGGUGACCAGCAACCAGAAUCAGAGGACCAGACUGCUCUUGAAGAUUCUUGCCAUCUCGGACAUUGUGAUAUAUCGCACUCGGGCUGAGAGGCUGCAUGUAGAUAUGUUGAACUUCCUUAGUGAUGCAUCAAAGGCUUACUUGAAGCACUUUUCAGCUGAACUGCGGGCAGCAACACAACGUUACAACCUGUCCGUCUCCAACAUUGGGCCAGCUGUGAUAAUAUUCCAUGAGACUUUACACACCGACGUCCUGCAGCUUAGAGGAGGGAAGGAAGGAAUAACACCAGAAGACUUGAUACGAGGAAAGUUCAAGAAGUCCGAGUGCACAAUAGAUGCUUUCAGCAGCCUGCACUAUGUGGGCACAAGGACUAUGAAUCCUCCAACAGACUUCAAACCUCUACAGAAAGCAGUAAAGGACCUGCUAGCCAACAAUACUGUGAGGACAGCUAGGAGGCCUGCUGUGGUCUUCCAAAGUCUUAAGUGUCUUAAUGAGAAAUUCAGUGGCGACAUUGAUAAGCCAGUGCCCAAUACAUUCCCGGACCAGUAUUUUACCUGCACUGCUAAGUGCAAGGCCUGUGGGUCUCGCUGUAUGCGGAGCAUGAACCAUGAUGUGGAUGAGUUCCAGCAUCAGACAGAGGAGAACAAACACUGUCAGUAUCAGCAUCAGUAUGGCAACAAGAUCUACCUGUGCAAGAAAUGUAUGCAUGCUAAAGGACAACGGAAGGUGGUUGUGCCCAAAACCUCAUCCUCAGGAGACAACACGUGGGUUGGUUUGGGGAGAUACAUCUGGUCAGGUUAUGUAUUGGAGUGCCCUAACUGUGGGAUCAUCUACCGGAGUCGACAGUAUUGGUACGGGAACCAGGACGUGGAGGCCAUUGUCCUGGCUGAGGUGGCACACAUCUGGCCUGAGAGCAACCUUGGAUUGGAUGGUACCCACAAUGCAGCUAGGAAAGUACUGGACAGUCUCAACUACAUGGCGGACACCAUCGGCAGUGUGAGCGCCAAGCCCACCAAGUAUCUCGCUGAGUGGACAGCUGACCAAAUAGCCCCGGCAUACUGGAUCCCUAACUCCAAGAUCCUGGCAUGCGCUAAGUGCGGAGAAGAGUUCACCCACAAUGACCAGAAGCACCACUGUCGUGGGUGUGGCCAGGGCUUCUGUGACACCUGCUCCAGCUACAAGCGGCCAGUGCCAGAACGGGGCUGGGGUCUGGAACCAGUCCGUGUCUGUAAAGACUGUCUCCAAGGUGAAGCCAAGGAAGGGGAGGCGCCCGUGACUGCUCGCAAAGUUGGCGAAGUUGUCACUUCUACCCUAGGAGCUGUAGCCUCAGCCAUUGACUACCCUAUAGGCAUGCUGAAGGACUCUGCUCGGCCUGCGUACUGGAUCCCGGAUGAAGAGAUAUCCCAGUGCUAUGUGUGUUCCACUGAGUUCAGCUACAAGGUGGCCAAGCACCACUGUCGGGCGUGUGGACAGGGUGUGUGUGGGAACUGUUCCCCAGCCAAACUCCCCGUUCCCUCCCGAGGCUGGGACUAUCCAGUCCGAGUCUGCCUCAAGUGUGAGAAGAAGAAGGACAAGCUGUGAUGGUUUUGACCACCAUUUCGUAACGCUUGUGACAGCAUGGUGCUAUAUCCAUGAGUGAAAGACUUAAAAUUCUACAAUCUUUUAAAUCAGGUUUAAGUUCUUGCUACCAAUAAACAAAUAUCCUAUUACGGACAUCUCAUUACGAGUCACAUCAGAACAACCUUUCAUUCGACCAAUCAGAGUGUUGCUUACCAGAUAAGGAAAGUGACAGUUGGAAUGUGUUUUCUAAAUCAUGCAACCUCGAAAAGGUUAACACGAGGCAUUACAAAUGACUGAUAUAUACAGAAUCAGUCGUUUGGAAUAUCUUGAGUUCACCAUUCCUUUCCAGAAUUCCAGAAUUAUCUUUUGUUCAGUUUUCAAAUUUUGAAUAUAAUUUUUUCAAAGCAUUUGGAAUGAAAGUCGCCAGAUUGAAACUAGCACAGUAAAUCUUGAGAAAACUGCUUUCUGGCUAAUGUUGACUUUUUCAUUUCCUAUGGUCAGUUAAAUUUCGCGGAAGGUCAUUAUGACAUGCCCUGAGAUGAUAUGACCUCAGAUCUUUGUGUAGUGGUAGCCAGUAUUAAGAUCUGAUUUAAAUGAGAUUGAAAAUUCUAAUGUUAAGCGUAUACCAUCCAUAUUUGUGUAUAGGAGCAAUUCCUUACGUAGCAGCUCCAUGAUGAUGAGGACAGAUAAUUCUUUUAAAAAGUAAUGAUAGUAAGGAAAUUGUAAUUGUGAUUAAUUACUUUGAAAAUUAAAUACGUUUGUUAAACAAGUUUACACGGUAUUGUAUUCAGUAUGGUAAAUUGACAAAGCGCUCAUCAAGCCUUGUCCUUUGAAGAUGAACAGUCAACACUGGGGAGGUGCCGUGCCAAAUUUUGUGAUUGUAUUUAAGUACUUUAAUGAAAUGAUGAGUAACUUAAGAAUAAUGUUUGAUUUUAUCAACAAUCUGUACAGUGUAACCAUUCUUACAAAUUUUAAAUGUUAUUGCCACAACCUGAUCAUCUUCCUGAGGCAAGGGUGUUAUCUGACUCUCAGGCUGAACUAGGCUGGAAUUUCUGGGCUUGAUCGUAGCGCCACCAGUGGCUAUUACAAGUUAUGUCCCUUCUGUGUCCCCUCCUAC